CAAUAAAACACUGAUCACAAAUUAUUAUGAAUUUUAAAUAAAAAGAUUUCGAUAUCCAAUGAUCGAGCUACAAGUACUCCCAUUACAGGGCGCCAUCUAUUUAAAAUUCACAAAAUCAAUAAAAAACUACUUCACUCCAACAACAACGACACAGCAACAAUGUUCGGCACUCCAUCUUCCACCCCCGCCUUCGGCACGCCGUCUUCCACCCCGCCAUCCGGAACCCCCUCUUCUACUCCCUUAUUCGGCACUCCUUCAACGCCAGCUUUCGCUGCUGGAGGAUUCGGUUCAUCUUUAUUCUCUACUCCGCUUGCUUCUCAAACUCAGCAGCAGCAGCAAACCUCGCUUUUUCAGCAACCGUCUACUACUGGUUUCGGAUUUCAACAGCAACAGAAACAGAAUCCGUUCGCUACGCCGCUUCAAACGACACCGUUCCCUUCUCCCCCUCCUCCUCCUCAUUUGAGUACUCAGAUGGCAUUCGUUGCUCCUCUUCUUUUCUCUCUCGCCGAUCGCGACAUUCAGGCGAUUGUGGAUGCUUAUAAAGAGGACCCUGGGAACCUUAAGUAUGCUUUCAAGUAUUUGUUGUUAAGUGUAACUGACCCGCAGCAUAGAGGGAAGCUUGCUGGUGUAUCAGACAUCAUGUGGGCGGAGUCUAUGGCGAAGCUAGAGGGUAUGGAAGGUCCAGAUAGAGAACGCCUCUGGCCUCAGCUUGUUCAAGGUUUCAAAGAUCUUUCACACCGCCUCAAGCUCCAAGAUGAAGUAAUUGUUUCAGAUGCAGAGAGAUUGCAAAUGACCCAAAUCAACAUAAAAAUGCUUCAAAGGCAUUUUCAAGCUGUGGCUCUUCCAAGGAUUGAAAGAAUGAGACGGAAAGAGCGAAGUCUUCAGAGGCAUCUUUUAAGGGUGAUGAGAAUAAUGGAGGCAUUGGAGGGUAAGGGUUUCCGAUUGCCCUUAACAAAAGCGGAAGCUGAGUUGGCUGAGAAGUCAGCUGCAAUAAUUAGACAGCUAAAAGGAUCUGGUGCAGAACUUUCUAGGAGGGUUCAAAACCUACUCACUGUAUCUCGUGUUCAAGAAAAUGGAAUUGGUGCUGGAGGUUCUCUUUAUAUUCCAGGAUCAACCAAAAUACAUGAACAAAGUCUUGCCGAUAUGCAGGAGGUUUUACAACAGCAGACUGAAGCUAUUGCAAGGCUUGGCAACGUGUUGAAGCGAGACAACAGGGACAUGGAAAUUAUGAUGGCCGAGGGCACAGAAAUGCAGAAUAAUUGAGCUAGAGAUACAAGGAGCACUUGCUGAUUAAUUCCUUGACAAGAGUUAGCGAGUGAUCUGUGAUUAAUUCAACUCUGACAAGAGUUGUCAUAAACCAUACUCAAAUUCUCCCCCUACAUCUUCGCUAUCCCCUCCUCAUCAAUCCUUGAUGGCUUAAAUUUGCUAGGGGGGCUGUUUGUGAAAUCAGCAUCGGGAGUGAUGGUGUCAUCACCAAAUGAAUCAUGUCAGCUGCCACUCAAUCGUUGAGGGGGAUUCAAUUGAUCAACAGACGGUAAAGCUCACUCCCAUGGGAGCUAGGGCCUGAAGGAGUUUCCCUAAUAGGGCUCUUUAUCUCGUGGAUUGUUAAGAAUAGUUUGUAGUUCAACCAUGUGCUUGUUUAGUGUAAUGUGAUUGAUGCUUUUGUGAA